CCUUUGCUCUUUUGUCUGCCUCUUGUGCGAAUGAAUCACAUCAUUCUUGCUUCGACCUGUGUUAUCGUUAUCUCUGUCUAGUUCAUUCACGGCGUGCACAGCUGGGCUGUCUCCGUGCCAUGUCUGGAUGAAGCUGUCAGCCUUAACAUUACGCCUACGACAUGUCGAAGUGGGGAAUAUGUUUGAUUUCCCUUUUCACUCUCCAGUGCUGCGUCGUUCGCUGUCAAUCAUCUGACAAUGGUGGUAUCAAGACACAGGUCAUUAGUAAUGCAGAAGUGGGCAAAAUCUAUUCCGACUUUUCCGUGAACUCGACAAUUGAGUAUCUGUUUCAGUUCCGGUCUCUCCAGUUCAAAACACAAGGGCUCAAUAAUAAGUCACGACCUGCUCGGGUGACUGUUGAGUGUCUUGAUGCUACGCGUGCCUUGCCAGUUUUGGUAGUGCUGCGACAAGCGAAGGGAGUUCUGUCAUGGCAGUUGCCGCUAAUUGUUCCCACUAAACAUGACAAGGUCGAAUAUCAUCGAACAUCAAGAACACUUUGUCCAAAUAGUAAUUAUCAGAGGGCAGCACUCUACAAUGGAGGACCAUUUAACAGUUUCUCUUCUGAGAUUGGGGAGGAGGUUGACAUAAUUAUUUCAUCAUCAUCUUCUCAAAACUUAACAUUUAUGUUAAAAUUAGAAUUAGAAAAUGAUUUUGUAGUUAGUGGUGUAAAUGAUGGUCGCAACCUGACGGUUAGCCCAAGUGAGCCAACAUUUUAUGAGUUCAACUGGGCACCUCAAUCUCUAGAUACUGUAAUCCUCAGAGUUGAUUCAGAUGACAAUGUCUGCAUGGUUGUGUCUAUUCAAAACAUCAGCUGCCCUGUAUUUGAUUUAGAGAGAACAGUUCAAUUUGAAGGAUAUCGCCAGACUGUGACUUCUCGUGGUGGUAUUACACUUACUAGGUCCCUGUUUCCCUUAGGAUUUUACAUUGUUUUUGUGGUGAAAGGUGAUGAUUAUGACUGUACUGGUGUCUCAUCACAAGAACCAACUCAAAGGAGCAAGCGCGUUGCCUUUUCUCUACAUCCAUCCAUUGGUUAUGAGGAAUAUGUUACAGCUACAGUAUCAGCUCUCUCCAUUUAUUUGGCAAUCUACGUGAUUGCCCUACUUGUGUCAGUGGCAUACUUCUUUAAAAAGCAAAAUAAUCCUGACUUCUUCAAUUUUAUCAAUGACACUACCUCAAGUCAGGCUGGACCACCUGAUCUUGAUGCCUCCACAUCAGGAGGAAAUAUUCAACCUUAUUGCAGAAGGUGUCAUCGAGGCUUAGACACUACAUCAGAUACCACCAUUGCUCCUGACUGCGUAUCUAUGGAUUCCUCCUUGGAUGAAACUGACAUUGACACAUUAGAUGACGCAAAUUAUGACAAAGAUGUUAUACGUUCCAAAAAGAUUCUGUAUGUUUGUGAUCUUGCUCGAAAAAAUCCAAAAAUAUUGAGGAAAAAGUCCUUAAUGUACUUCUGGAACCUUUUGACUGUUGCUACAUUUUAUGCUCUGCCUGUUGUGCAAUUGGUUUUGUCUUCUCAGAUGGUUCUCCAACAAACAGGCAAUCAAGAUCUAUGUUACUACAAUUUCCUUUGUUCGUAUCCUCUGGGUUUUUUGAGUGAUUUCAACCAUGUAUUUUCAAACAUUGGCUAUUUUCUUUUAGGCCUAUUGUUUGUUAUACUUGUAUACAGACGAGACAUAAUGCAUUGUAAAGCUGCUGCAGAAAUUAGAGACUUGGACAGGUCCUUUGGUAUACCACAGCAUUAUGGACUUUUAUAUGCCAUGGGUGCUGCUUUGAUGAUGGAGGGCAUUUUAAGUGGUUGUUACCACGUGUGCCCCAAUCAUUCUAACUUCCAGUUUGAUACAAGCUUUAUGUAUGUCAUCUCUCUGCUGUGCAUGUUAAAAAUUUAUCACACACGUCAUCCAGAUAUCAAUGCUAGUGCUUAUGCCACCUUUGGAGUUCUUGCACUAGUUAUAUUAGUUGGAGUGGCUGGCAUAUUGUCUGGAACUACAUACUUUUGGGCAGCGUUCACAGUGUUGCAUGUUCUCACCUGCAUGUGGUUAUCUGGCAAGAUUUAUUACAUGGGACGGUUACGAUUUGGUUUCAGUAUGUUUAGGAGGGCAUAUAAUUUAUGCAUUCAAGAAAUAAUACCCAAUCCUUGUGCUUUCUUUAAGCCAAGAUAUCCAAGUCGUUUGGUACUCCUUAUCCUAGGAAACAUGGCCAAUUGGGGUCUUGCUGCUCUUGUCUGGAUUUAUCACCUUGACAGCAGCUUUGGAUCGUACCUUUUAGCCAUUUUCAUGGCAAACCUUAUGCUGUAUACCAUUUUCUACAUUGUUAUGAAAUUUUUGUGUGGGGAAAAGCUACUUCUGCAACCAGCCGCUUAUCUUAUACUGGCAACACUAGGAUGGGGAUCGUCUCUCUACUUUUUCUUCCAUAAGUCUAUAUCAUGGGCAGUCACACCUGCACAGUCUCGCAGCUUUAACCAACCGUGUCAGGUUAUGAAUUUUUAUGAUAAACAUGACAUUUGGCAUUUUUUAUCAGCCUUCAGUAUGUUUUUCUCCUUUAUGACAUUGCUCACUUUAGACGAUGACUUGGUUCAUGUAUCAAGAUCAAAAAUUCCUGUAUUCUAAUGGAAGACACCAGUUCUUCAUUACACUGCAGUUUGAAGAUUAUCUUCUAGAUAAAUAUAACUUUGUACAUAUUGAUAUGGUGCUGCUAGACUUGCUGAAACAAGACUGUGAUACAUUUUUUGGCCAGUAUGCCAUUAAAUUAUUUGUACAUUAUAAAGUCAAGUCUGUUGAGCAUUUUUGAGUUAUGGAACUUUUCAUGGUAAUGUGUUAAGUCCAUGCAAAGAAUUUAUUUUAUUACUGAGAUGAUUUGUAUUCUAAGAUAAUGGACUCUUCAUGAGUUCUCUUGUUCUGUGAUUGAGUGCUUCUUUUGAAUGUAUAUGCCAUAUUAGUAAAAAAAAA